AUGGCGGAGGCGUUGAGAUGGUUCGCCCUGUGCACGGUGCUGGUCGUGGUGAUGGUCGUCGGAGUUACGGCCACUGCUCGGAAUGGCGGGAUCUCCGGUCUUGCUCUGACUCGGAAUGUGGAAACUGAGGCGUUGCAGAGCUCGAGCAACCCUUCCAUGGAGGCUAGAUCUGGAUCGUUUAUUCAGUUACGGUUCGUUUUCUUGGAUUCCUUAGUUGCGGAAGUACUCCUUUUCCCUUACAUGGUCCUCCUCUUCCUGCUUUUUGACAGCACCGGAGAAGAAGCGGUUAAUGAUGCACCCGGGAACAAGGAGCAUGCUGUUCAGGACCCAGAAGAGGUGGUUUCAAUGGUGGAAAUGAGCAUCCACAACAGCACUGAAAGGAGGAAACUAGGGUAUUUCUCUUGUGGAACCGGCAACCCCAUCGAUGAUUGCUGGCGCUGUGACCCACACUGGCAGAAGAACCGCAAGAGGCUUGCUGAUUGUGGGAUUGGGUUCGGGAGGAAUGCCAUUGGCGGGCGUGAUGGCCGGUUCUACGUGGUUACCGAUCCCAGAGACGACGACCCUGUGAACCCAAGACCGGGGACCCUGCGCCACGCUGUGAUCCAGGACAGGCCGCUGUGGAUUGUUUUCAAGAGGGACAUGGUAAUCCAACUGAAGCAAGAACUGAUCAUGAACAGCUUCAAGACGAUCGACGGCCGUGGUGCCAAUGUCCACAUCGCAAAUGGAGGGUGCAUUACCAUCCAGUUCGUGACGAAUGUGAUCAUCCACGGCCUCCACAUCCAUGACUGCAAGCCCACAGGGAACGCCAUGGUGAGGAGCUCGGAGACACACUUUGGAUGGAGAACCAUGGCUGAUGGAGAUGCCAUCUCCAUCUUCGGGUCUAGCCACAUUUGGGUCGAUCACAACUCGCUCUCUCACUGUGCUGAUGGGCUGGUUGAUGCGGUGAUGGGCUCGACCGCCAUUACCAUAUCCAACAACCACAUGACCCACCAUAACGAGGUGAUGCUGCUGGGGCAUAGUGACUCUUACACAAGGGACAAGCAAAUGCAAGUGACCAUCGCUUACAACCAUUUCGGAGAGGGACUCAUCCAGAGGAUGCCAAGAUGUAGACAUGGGUACUUCCAUGUGGUGAACAAUGACUACACCCACUGGGAGAUGUACGCGAUCGGAGGGAGUGCCAACCCCACCAUUAACAGCCAGGGCAACAGAUACAACGCCCCCAUCAACCGCUUCGCCAAGGAGGUGACCAAGAGGGUGGAUACGGCGGCGGGCGUGUGGAAGGGCUGGAACUGGAGGUCGGAGGGAGACCUGCUGCUCAACGGAGCUUACUUCACGCCGUCGGGAGCAGGGGCUUCUGCAAGCUACGCUCGUGCUUCUAGCUUGGGUGCCAAGUCUUCUUCGAUGGUCGGAUCCAUUACUUCCAACGCCGGUGCCCUAGGCUGUCGUCGGGGCCGCCAGUGCUAG